CCCUCACUCCCCAAAAGCAUAAAGCUGCAGCAGCAAGCCUCUUUAGAUAGAGGCCAGGCCAGCAACCUCAUCUCUUGUAGAUAUACAAGUAGCCUCUAUCUAUCUAGAGGAAAGCAGGCAAAGAAAAAUCGAGCAAGCAAGCAAGCUCCACAAUGGUGGAACCAGGCAGAUCGGCAGCGGCAAGGGAGGCCAAUAAGAAUAAGAGUAGCACUUCCACCGGCGCCGCCAUGAAGAAGAAACUGAUGAGCAAGAAGCCGGAGAAGGAGAAAGACGGCGGCAGUGGUGGCUGCAGGACGACGAGAAAGCAGAGCAGCCACUGCAGGGAGCCGGAGAGCCCAUCCUACAGGUUAGCCCUCAAGAGCAUCUUCUCCUGCAGAAACAGCCAGCAGCAGCCGGACAGCGGCAGCCGGAGCAGCAACAAGCUGGGCUGCUCCGCGCCGUCCAUCUGCAAGCUCAAGGACAGCGACAGCAGCCAGAGCCAGAGGGUGGCGCAGAGGCCGGCGGCGGACGAGACGGCGGGCGAGCCCUGCAAGCGGCGGGCGUCGGUGAGCGGCGGCAGCGAGCGGCGCGUGAAGAAGCCCCUGAGCGAGGUGUCGUCGGUGUCGAAGCAGCUGCAGCUGCAGCGCGGUGGGUCGUCGCUGUCGUCGUCGUCGUCGUCGGGCGGCGGGUCGUUCAGGGCGAGCAUGCAGCUGAGGCGGCUGUCGGGGUGCUACGAGUGCCACAUGGUGGUGGAUCCCGGCAGCGGCAGCGGCAGCUCGUCGAUGAGGGCCACCACCGUGUGCCCCUGCCCCGACUGCGGCGAGAUCUUCGUCAGGCAGGAGAGCCUGCAGCUCCACCAGUCCAUCAGGCACGCAGUGAGCGAGCUUGGCGCGGAUGACACGAGCCGGAACAUCAUCGAGAUCAUCUUCCAGUCGAGCUGGCUCAAGAAGCAGAGCCCCGUGUGCAAGGUGGAGCGCAUCCUCAAGGUGCACAACACGGCCCGGACGCUGGCCCGCUUCGAGGAGUACCGCGACGCCGUGAAGGCCAAGGCGGCGGCCCAGCAGCAGCAGCAGCCGGCGGCCAAGACGACGAAGCACCCGCGCUGCACCGCCGACGGCAACGAGCUGCUCCGCUUCCACUGCGCCACCCUGGCCUGCGAGCUCGGCCUCAACGGCGCCACCCACCUCUGCUCCAGUUCCGGCGGCGGUGGGUGCGGCGCGUGCGCCAUCAUCCGCGACGGCUUCAAGAUCAAUAGCGCCGGCGAUGGCGGCGGCGUCCGCACCAUGGCGACGAGCGGCCGCGCGCACGACGCGGUUGCUGGCGCUCCUCUAGAUCAGGAGGAGGAGGAGCGCAGGUGCAGGGCGAUGCUGGUGUGCCGGGUGAUCGCGGGGCGGGUGAAGCGGCCGACGCAGCUGGGGGAGGAGGAGGAGGCGUCGUCGGAGGAGUUCGACUCGGUGGCGGCGUCGGCGGGGGUGUACUCCAACUUGGAGGAGCUGCAGGUGUUCAACCCCAGGGCCAUCCUGCCAUGCUUUGUCGUCGUGUACAAGGCGGCUUACUAAGUAGUUUGUUAGGGAUGAGGAGGAAUUCGAUAUGCAUGGUUGGUUUCUGCUCCUUCAAUCUAGUCCAUGUAUGUUGUAUACGCACGCAGUAAUAACUUGUUCUGAAUGCCAUUCAUUCAUUUUCAGUGGUA